CAGCGCCGUGCCAGAAAACACCUCUGAGAAGGCAAACAGAAUCCAAAAUUUAGAAAAAGUUUUAACCCCAUCCUAAGCGAAGGCACAUCUAUACUCAGAUGUCCUGGACACAAGAGGUUUGCUGUUCCACAAAGGACCAUAGGGAAAGGCACCAGGACGGCCAGGAAGCAGAAUGCAGAAGCGAAGGUAAGAUGUCCAAUAAGCACCUGCUGGCAGACAACAGAGUCACCGCAAAUGUUUGCUGCGAUUUGCAUGUUGAACAUCUCCAGUGUUUGCAAGUGGUUUACCCUUCAAAGAUGCUUCUUCAUAGAUGUCUGCGUUCAGUAAAGGCUUUCUCUUGACUCUACAAUGCUUACACCAGGAGGAUAUUAUUCUACAAAUAAGGGCCCAGCAUGACAUUUAUGAGAAAGCCUGGGUCCUCCUGCGCAAAGCUGAUUGGUGCUCAGCCAAUGGGCUCUAGGUUGCUGCCGAUAAAGGCUCCUUACUGCCCCGGGCUGGACAGAUUCAGGGCAGGGGAUCAUCUCUGCCUCUGAACCCUGGGAAAGUGCUCACUGCCUCUCUGAACAACACACAUCUGUGGCCCGCAAAGAGGAGCCAGACCUCGAAGAUGAAACAUCUGCCUCCCCCGUUCCCGUCCGUCCUGGUCAUCUACUGCUUCUGUAUGCUGAGGAUUCCCUCCUCAGGAGUUUCUCAACCUUUAGCCAAUUCUCCAGAUGGCUUGGAUAUUGCGGAGCUUGAGCAACUGGUAUACUUUCUGAACCAGUGGGAGACACUUUAUAACCAACCUAAGGAAAACCAGGAUGUGUACAAAAGGUUUUUAUUUCACUACUCCAGAACUCAGAAGCCAAAGCAUCCCAUUAACUCUGAGUUUGUGCCCGUGCACCCCUUGAUGCGCCUGGCUGCCAAGCUCUCCAGCGGAAGGAUGAGAAGAUUGCCGCAUCCAGAUUCCGGGGCUGCUACUGCGGACUUUCCUAAGAAGGCAUGUGAACCUCGUGGGAACACUGAUUUCCAGAAAGUUCUAGAAAAAAGGGCAGAGAAGUGGCUGGAACCUGUAACUCUUCCAGGCCCAUUUAGAUAGAACAGAUCUCCUUAGAGGACACUGAAUAUCCUCUCUAAACAUUGAAGUUGGGGGUCCCUGGGCUUGUCCUGAGGUAGAAAGUGAUUAUGGAAAUACCAGGUGAAUGUCAAACAUGGUGAAUAUUUCAUUUCUAGUCUCACAGGUGAGUCACCUGGGCCAUCUGUUGCUAGGGACUUGUCCUCUCUGGUUCAGGGACCCACAUGCCAUUGUGCAGACUUAGAAAGAGGACAAAUACUUCAGCCAGUGCCAAUCCCACAGACCAGUGACUCUCAGACUUAAGCAUGCCUUAGAAUCUGGUUAAACUGGGAUAACUGGGCUCUUCCCUGAGAUUUAAUAGGUCUGAGAUGGACUUUGAGAAUUUCAUUAAUAACAAGUAUUUCAGAUAUCGUUAUGCUGCUGGUCUGGGACCAUCCUGUUUGAAACCUUCUCCAAGGAUGUUUCUUUGGCUUAGACUGUGACUGCAUAACAGUUUGUGUUUCUGUGUUGCAGGGUCCCACUUCCACCUGGGGGCGGCCAUUUUUCCUUUUCAGGGUAUACCAGAUUUCCUUCUUCUGUUUCUAACUGCAUUCACUGUUGUCAUCCCAACUGCUGGGACCACAUGGGCACUGCUCUUCUCCAUGCAGGGCGUGGUUCACCAAAAAAAUCUUACAAACUUGCAAGGGAAACAGCAACAAGACAUAGUCUGGGCAUGUCCAUACUCUAGGAGCUUGGCAGUCAAGGGGGAAGGACUUCUUUUGAUGCACAGAUACUGGGUAAACCAGAGUCCCAAAUCCCAAGCAGAUCUUCACACUGGCAUGAAGAGUCCAGGUGCCAUCUUCCUUCCCAGGUGACAGAAAGGUCCUUGCUAAAGUCAUGGAGGUUUCAGUUUUGCUCUAUUCGCUAACUGCACACAAGGCCUCAGCUUCUCAAUAUUUUCAUAAAAAUAUGAGUAAGUCAGACUUAAUCCAUGACUACUCUAAGUUGUAGUCUGUGAAUCA